UAGUGAAGCUCAGGCAAUAGUGAACAAGCAAUAAUCAUGCAGGCUGCUGUGGUCUUCCUCGCCCUUUUCGGCACCCUCGUCAGUGCUGAAUACUUCAACAACUUCCCCACUUCUGGAGCCGCUGGCUACAAUGCCUACCCCAACCAGCUCCAGUGCACCAAGGAGUACGAGUACUUCGAGAAGUGCGCCAGCCCUUGCGAGGAGACCUGCUACAACACCCAGUUCUACUACGACCUGAAGAACAAGGACGACUGCAGCCUCCGCAACUGCGUGCCCAGGUGCAAGUGCGUGAGCGGAUACGUUCGCAACAACCAGGAGAAGUGCGUGCCCAAGAGCCAGUGCUCCGGAUCCGUUGACUUCCACCACGCCCGUGGCAACCGUCAGCCCUACUUCUACCCUCAGCAGCAGUACGAGUCUCAGUUCGAGAACUUCCAGUACGGAAACCAGUACGAUGCUGGUAACUACUACAACGACUACAACAAAUACUAAGACGAUUCUUUCAAUAGGUCUUGUAAGC